CGCGCGGGAGGCGAGGCGAGCCCAGCUGAGUGGAUGAGGAGUGCGCAGAACAGAAUUUCCGCCAGGUAUUUGCGUGACAGCAGAAGCCCUGGGGGUGAACAGGACAGUACUGGCCGGAGCCCUUUCUCCCUCAGAGGAUAGCUUGAGGUGACAGGUGCCUGCUCAGGUGCUCAGUGCAAAAGCCAGAUGCUGUGCAGCUCCUGUGUGGAGCGGUCGACGGAAUUCCCAGCUGUUGUGUUCCAGCCCAACCUGCGUGCCUGAGCUACUGUGGCAAGGUGUUGCCAUGUACUCCAGCUUUGUGCUGGCUCUGAGAUCAAGGCAUACAGUGGAGUCUUCUCAGGGAAGAUGUCGUCUUUGACAAUGAAAACCCGUUGUGUGGACAAAAGAGGAAGUUUCUUUAAGCUCAUUGACACAAUUGCCUCAGAAAUCGGAGAACUGAAACAGGAGAUGGUGCAGACAGAUCUCACUGUGGAAGAUGAACCUGCUGAUUGGCAAAGUCUUAUAAAGGACAUGGGUAAUGUCUCUCCUGAGAAAAAUGAUGUAAAAAGCUGCCCCCGGGACUCUGGAUAUGACAGCCUAUCCAACAAACUAAGCAUAUUGGACAAGCUCCUCCAUACUCACCCUGUGUGGCUGCAGCUUGGUCUGAGUGACACUGAAGCCAUGGAAAUUUUGCAGACACAGCCUCCUGGGAUAUUUCUGGUUAGGAAAUCUGCAAGGCUGCAGAAGAAAGUCAUCUCUCUGCGUCUGUCUAGUGACUGUGGGGCCUGCCUGAAAGAAUUUGCCAUAAAAGAAAGUACAUACACGUUUUCCUUGGAGGGGUCUGGAAUAAGUUUUGCUGAUUUGUUCAGACUCAUUGCUUUCUACUGUAUUAGCAGGGAUGUCCUUCCAUUCACACUGAAGUUGCCUCAUGCAAUUGCUGCAGCAAAGACAGAAGCUGAACUUGAAGAGAUUGCUCAGCUUGGACUGAACUUUUGGAGCUCCCUGGCUAACAGCAAACCCCCGGAUCCUUCACCUCCCUGUAGGCCUGUGCCUUUGGACAGUGCUCACAAAGACUCACGCCAGCUCUGCCUUAUAAAUGGAGUGCAUUCUAUACGAACCAGAACGCCUUCAGAGCUGGAGUGCAGCCAGACCAACGGAGCGCUGUGUUUCAUUAAUCCCCUCUUCUUAAAAGUGCACAGCCAGGAUGUCAGUGGAAGUCUGAAAAGGCAGAGCCCGAGAGCUCCAGACGUGAAUGGCGCAGCGAGGCCUCGCUCCCCCCCGCCCCGGCCGCCGCCUCCUGCUAUUAAUAGCAGCCUCACGAGCCCACAGAUUUCCAGGACUAUAAAGCAGGCGAGCAUGCCAGAAACAGUCAACCAUAAGAAGGAGAGAGGCUUGGAUUUGCUGCAGAACAAGCCCACCCCAAUACCGCCUCCUCGGCUGAAGAAGCAGGCUGUGUGCUCCGAGGCAGACGGUGCCUCCAGGAGCGCGGUGCCGCUCCGGCCCGGCUCCGUGCGUGUGCCCGAGGCUGCUGCCGUUCCAGGUGAAACCCUGCCUGAGCCGGCUCCAGCAGCGCCCAGGAAGACGCCGGCUGCCAUCUCUGAGUCACACAUCCCGUGGAAUGGAGGCCGGCAGAGACUGAGCGACAUGAGCAUUUCCACCUCCUCGUCGGACUCGCUGGACUUCGACCGGAGCAUGCCGCUCUUCGGCUAUGAGGGGGACACCAACAGCAGCCUGGAGGACUUUGAGGGGGAAAGUGACCAGGAGAGCAUGGCACCCCCUUUGAAGCCCAAGAAGAAAAGAAGCAGUUCGUUCGUUCUCCCCAAGAUUGUGAAAUCUCAGCUACGGAAAGUCAGCGGAGUUUUCAGUUCCUUUAUGACCCCCGAGAAGAGGAUGAUUAAGAAAAUUGCAGAGAUGUCCCGGGACAAACGCACCUAUUUUGGGUGCUUAGUACAGGACUAUGUCAGCUUUCUCCAAGAAAACAAGGAGUGCCAUGUUUCAAGUACUGAUAUGCUGCAAACAAUUCGUCAGUUCAUGACCCAAGUCAAGAACUAUUUGUCCCAAAGUUCCGAACUUGAUCCCCCAAUUGAAUCACUGAUUCCAGAAGACCAAAUAGAUGUUGUGCUGGAGAAGGCCAUGCAUAAGUGCAUUCUGAAGCCGUUGAAGGGUCACAUUGAAGCGAUGUUGAAAGAGUUUCAUACCACGGAUGGUUCCUGGAAACAACUGAAGGAAAACCUGCAGCUGGUGCGGCAGAGGAAUCCUCAGGAACUGGGCGUGUUUGUUCCAACACCAGACUUUGUGGACAUUGAAAAGAUUAAAGUCAAGUUCAUGACUAUGCAGAAGAUGUAUUCACCUGAAAAGAAAGUCAUGCUGCUGCUGAGAGUUUGCAAACUGAUUUACACUGUUAUGGAGAAUAACUCAGGGAGGCUGUACGGAGCUGAUGACUUCUUGCCUGUGCUGACGUAUGUGCUAGCCCAGUGUGAUAUGCUGGAGCUGGAUACUGAAAUCGAAUACAUGAUGGAGUUGCUGGAUCCAUCCCUGCUGCAUGGAGAAGGAGGCUAUUACUUGACAAGUGCUUAUGGAGCACUUUCACUGAUCAAGAACUUCCAGGAAGAACAAGCUGCCCAGCUGCUCAGUUCAGAGGCCAGAGAUACUCUCCGACAGUGGCACAAGAGGAGGACAACAAACAGGACAGUACCUUCAGUUGAUGAUUUUCAGAACUACCUUCGUGUUGCAUUCCAGGAAGUUACCAGUGGCUGUACAGGAAAGACUUUGCUAGUGAGGCCGUAUAUCACUACCGAAGACGUAUGUCAGCUUUGUGCUGAGAAGUUUAAAGUGGCAAACCCAGAAGAAUACAGGCUGUUUCUUUUUGUUGAUGACACCUGGCAACAACUGACAGAGGAUACCUAUCCUCAGAAGAUCAAGGCAGAGUUGCACAGCCGUCCACAGCCCCAGGUCUUUCACUUUGUCUACAAGCGCAUCAACAGUGACCCAUAUGGGGCCAUCCUUCAGAACAGCAACGACUCGGCUGCUUAAAAUCAGCAACUUGUCAUUUUUAUGUCUGUUUCUUGGUAAUUGUCACAAACAUCUUUGUUGGCUGCCUUCCUUAGGAGCUGAAACACGCCUUAAACCUGAAGUGCCUGGUAAAAGACGUGCUGACAUUUCUGACAUUGCUUACAGGACGCAGGCACACGGUGCGUGUGGCCAGUUAAGCAGAAUAUUCCACCAGCGUGUCUGGGGAGACAGCCCACGAGGCUGCAUUUCUCACACCACAGGCUCUUCUACAGCAUAUUCUACUCUGGGCCUUCACAGGUCUUGGCUGUAGUGUGCAAAAUACAAUUUUCUUCCACUCGUUGUUUCCACAGCUGUCAUUUGGAUUUGAAUCCAUGUGCAAGAUGAGUCUGUGAACUGGCCGGGAUGAGCUCAGUUCCGCCAGCAGGAGGUUGACAAGACUGUCCGAUGCAGGGCAUCACUUCACUCAGCAUUACCUGGAUGGUUGCAUCCUUGUCUAAUUUUUUUGAUUACAGAAAAUCACCAUGUUUAUAUAUAUAUAUAUAUAUAUAUAUAUAUAUGUAUGUAUAUGUAUAUAUA